AUGUAUGAAAUUAGAUUAAUGACAGUGGAUCUUAUAAAAAGUUAUAAUAUGGAAAACAAAUUUCUUAACUCCUCCCUACUUGAACGAAUAAAAAAAUUUUUAUUCGUUUGGGCUCACAAUAAGAUAAUUUUCACGAAAAUCAUUGUAAAAUGAAGAUAAGUAAUAGAUAUAGUAUUAAAUUUGUUGUGAGCUGAAAUUUAAAAAGAUUUUUUAUCUUAAAUUAAAUAAUAAAUUGGCACAUAAUUAGAAAUGAGGAAUAAAGCAAUUACCCCUGAUCCAGAAUCACACAAAUUAAAAGUCCAAGCCCUUCUAACUGCAUUUCAAGGGUCACUGUUUUCUCACCUUAUGUCAGUAGCCUCAAACAGACAAGAAAGCACAAGCUACCUUGGGCAUUUUCCUUUCUCUGUCGAAGUUACUCCUGUAGAAUUUCAAGAAAUUUCUAGAAGCACUCCAGUUGAUUUUCAAGAGGUUUCCCGUAGCUCUUCGAUAAAAGGAUCUCAGUUCCAAAACAUUUCGAGAAGAUCUCCAUUAGAAAAACAAAAUAUACUCCAUAAAAUUAAGCUUAUUUAAAAUCUGUAUUAGAAAAGUGCUGGGCCAUUUUUAAGCCUUUUGAGGAUACUUCACAGUUAUCUUCACGAAGUUCCCAAUUUAAAGAAAUUUCAUGAGAAGUAAAUACUCGAUCAAGCAAACAAUUGAAAGAAUUAUCAAGACCUGAGUCAUCAAGAAAUUCAGGCAAAAAAGAAAUAUCUACCGAAUUCCUAGAACAAGCGAGCGAUGAAGAAUUCGUUACUUCGUUUGGGCAGGGCUCUGAGAUCGCUCAAACACCUAAAAGAGGAGAGAUUGUACAAGAAGUCCAAUCUGCUAAAAAUGACAUAGAGAAUUAUAUGGAAAAAUGUAAGGGUAUAAUUAAAAAGCCUCCUGUUAUAAAAGAAGAAUAUGAAUUUGAAUUCGAAGAAACCGACCCAGAAAAGCUUGCAAAAGUUUUGGCAAGAAAAAAUAUUGGCACUAAUAAUAUCGACCAUCCUGAUUUCAAGCCAAAACCUGCAAGAUUUAUUAUCCCUGAAGAUUUACCAGAACAUAUUGCUUCCCCACCAAAACAAAAUACUGCUACUCUCUAUGGAGAAGUUAUAGCUACAACUUAUUCUCAAGGAGGGGAUGGCUUUGCACUACACCCUGGAGAUCUUGUUACAAUCCUCCAAUUUCUAACUGAUUUUGGGCUAGCUGAGUGCAGAUGGCAAGGAAUGCAAGGGCUUUUCCCUCAAGACAAAAUAAAAGUUCUUACCAAGCCAGACCAAUCGUUAAAUUCCAGCUUAGUCAGUUUAGCCCAAAGACAAUUAUUUAAUUUAGGAAAAUCAGACACAUCUUUUCAACAGUCAGGCAAGCUCUUGUCAAGAUUAGCUAAAAACAAAUAG